AUCAUUUCCGUCGACAUGGCGGCUCCUAAUUCAGGACCAGUUAGUGGACCCCCGGGACCUCCAGGCAUGAUGCCACCUUAUGGAAUGCCACCACCACCAGGUGCCCCACCACCCGGAUUCAUGCCUUCGAUGGGUGGGAUGCCAGGAUUUGGUGGACCACCCAAUCUUCCUCCCCCAGUCUUUCCUCCUGUCAUACCACCGCCAAUGGCAUUCCCUCCCCCUGUGUACCCAGGUGCCAUGCCUGGAGGAGAUAUGGGUUCUGCUGGUCCCAUGUCUCAUGUUGAUAACAAGAAUCCAUGGGGAGAAUAUAAAGCUCCCGAUGGGAGAACUUACUAUUACAACAGUGUCACAAAAAAGUCCAGCUGGGAAAAGCCAGAUGAGCUGAAGACACCAACAGAGAAGUUACUCUCAGCAUGUCCCUGGAAAGAGUACAAAUCUGAUUCCGGCAAGGUAUACUAUCAUAACUCACAGACCAAAGAAAGCUGCUGGACAAAGCCAAAGGAGCUGGAGGAACUGGAGGAGAAAAUUCGAGCCCAGGAAUCUCAGACCACGACAGAAGAAGGUUCAGCAGCUGUCUCCUCUGUUCCUGCCGUUCAGUCUUCUGCACCAUCCUCAGCCAUUCAGCAGGCCAUGCAGGCAACCCUAGCAUCAAUUGCACUCCCUCCACCACCCUCUGCUGUCCAGAAGCCUGCCUUACCUGCUGGCCUGCCUCCAGCUACCGUUGUUAACAGUGCUCCAGUUGCUUCUGCGAAGGCCCAGGCAUCAAGCAGCGAUGAGAGUGAAAAUGAAACACCAGCACCAAAAAAAGAAUUUGUGUUCCGAAACAAGAAAGAAGCCAUAGAAGCUUUCAAGGCUUUGCUGAAGGAAAAGGAUGUGCCAUCCAAUGCAUCAUGGGAAAGUGCAAUGAAGCUGAUAAUUAAUGAUGGUCGUUAUGGAGCAUUGAAGCACUUGAAUGAAAAGAAGCAGGCAUUCAAUGAAUAUAACCAAAGAGCAAAGGAAGAGAAGGAAGAGCAGAGGAUACGAGCCAAGCAAGCUAAAGAAGAUCUGGAACAGUUUCUGCUGAAUAGUGAUAAAAUGAAUUCCACCAUAAAAUACUGGAAAGCUGACAAUAUGUUUGGUGAUCAGGAUAUUUGGAAAAAUGUCAGCGAUAGAGAUCGGCGAGAUCUGUUUGAUGAUGUGGUUCAUCUUUUGGCAAAGCGAGAGAAGGAAGAGGCAAAGGCUCUGCGCAAAAGAAACAUCAAGGUGUUUUCAGAGAUUUUAGACACCAUGCCUAACCUGAAAUAUUCCACCACCUGGUCAGAGGCUCAGCAAAUGCUUUUGGAUAACCCACGCUUCACAGAGGAUCCAGACUUGGAAAACAUGGACAAGGAAGAUGCUCUUAUUUGCUUUGAGGAGCAUCGCAUGCUAGAGCAAGAGAACGAUGAUGAGAAGAGGCGACAGAAACGGACACAGCGCAAAAACAGAGAGAGCUUUCUGGUACUACUUGAUGAGCUUCAUGAGCAAGGCAAGCUGAAUUCUAUGUCACUGUGGAUGGACCUGUAUCCAACAAUCUCACAGGACAUACGCUUUACUCACAUGCUAGGCCAGCCAGGCUCCACCCCUCUCGACCUUUUCAAGUUUUAUGUGGAGGAACUAAAAGCACGAUUCCAUGAUGAAAAAAAAAUUGUAAAAGAAAUUCUUAAGGAAAGAUCUUUUUUUAUUGAAGUGUCAACAACCUAUGAAGAUUUCAGUGCUGUCAUUAUGAGUGACAAACGAGCCACAAAUUUAGACUCAGGGAACAUCAAACUCACAUACAACAGUUUGAUUGAAAAAGCAGAAGCUCGUGAAAAGGAGAGGCUGAAAGAAGAAGCAAGGAAGCUAAAGAAGAUGGAAAAUAACUUCAAAGCAGCUCUCAGCAAACAUGAUAUCGACAUGGACUCAAAGUGGGAGGAGGCCAAAGCCAAGCUAGAGAGGGAUCCUGCUUGGGAAGCCAUCACACUUGAAUCUGAGCGCAUUCGCCUUUUCAAAGAGUACAUCAUUGCAUUGGAGGAAGCAUGUGCCCACCAUCACUCACGUCGCAAAAAGUCCAAAAAACAUAAAAAUCGUCGCUCUCGUUCUAGAACACCUUCAAGUGAGUCAGAAGAGGAGAACAUGCGAUACAGCAAAAAGAAGAAGAAGAAAGCACGUUCUGAAUCCAGAUCUCCAAGUCCAGCCCACUCAGAUUCAGAUGACCAAGACAUGGACAGAUCUUCUAAAAAGCAUAAAAAGAAGUCUAAAAAGAAGAAGAGAGUUUCUAGAUCUCCUUCAAGAUCUGAUGUGUCAGAGCCUGAGCCAGAAAGGGAGAGUUUUAAUAGGUCCAGAAGAAGGCACUCACGUUCACCAGACAUAAAAAAAGAAAAAGGUGAUUUGGAUUCUUCUGAAAGUGAUGUGAGUGAAGGAGAGCUAGAAAAACGGAGACGGCACCUUCUACAGCAGUUAGAAGCUGAUGGCUAGACAUAA